AUGCGUGUCACGCGCGCCCGCGCCCAGCAGGGCAACGAUGAUGCGCCCGACGCGACCGAGCGUGCGCCGUUGGAACAAAUCUCGUCAAAUGCGUCGCCCAAACAAACCCACCACGAAGAAGACGAACUGGCUCCGAAAACCCCCGCAAAAACCCCCGCGAAGACCCCAGGAAGAAAGACGAAAGGAAAGGGCCGUGCCAAAAAGGGAAAGAAGGGCAAAGUGACUGAGGAGGAGGAAGAGGAGCAGGCCGGAGCCGCACAUGAAGAGGCGCAAGCCGCACAUGAAGCACACGUGAAUGAGGCAACUGGCGAAGAUGUUCCCAAGGACACUUCCGAGGGAACUACAGAAGUCCCCGCAACCGCUGAACGACCCGUGACUCCACCGCCUACAGUGCGACGGACGCGCCGACAACUAGCUAUGCUGGAGGAGGAAGCAAAACAAGCGCAGUCCAGUGCCCAAUCACAAGAGCCAGCGGCAGAAGAAGUGCCUACCACUGUAGAAGAGACUGUAGAAGGACAUGCAGCUGCGGAAACGCCUUCUGAAGACGCAACCGCUGGCGCAGAAGAGGUCCAGGCUGAGAGUCCACCGGAAGAGCCGACACAGAAGACUGAAACGCCAGUUGCAUCAGAACCUGUAGAAGAAGCACAAAAUGUGCCCGUAGCGGAGGAAAAAGAGGCGCCCCAAGAGGUGACCGAGAUCGUAGAUGCAAAGCAUACCGCGCUGGUGCCGCAGAUUGAAGAGCCUCAAAGCGAAGAGCCCUCAGUCGAAGCAACAGCGACUGAACCGAUAUCCGAGAAUCAAGCGCCUGAAUCUACAGUUGAACCGUCCGCACCUUCAGUCGAAGUCAGCCUAGAACCUGAGCCCAAGACACUUGCACCCGAGAGGCCCAGCGAGGACGCCGUAACACCACUCAAGAGCCUUACUUCAAGUCGACGAGCAUCGCGAAGCCCGUCAAAGUCACCGAUGCGUCUGGAAGAAUCCUUCGAGGCCAUUGAUGCCCUUGAGGAAGCGCUUGAAAAUGUGACUUCAGUCACGAGGUUCGACCAUUCGAAUGAAGUCAUGUCGCCUCAGAAGGCAGAGUUCCCCAAAGCAGCUACUACACAGAUCAUACGGCCGAAGACUUCCAGGAAAGUGCCAGUGUCUACACCAGCUCCCGCUGCGAAGAUAUCCAGGACACCGAGUGUUGCUGCGCCUAAGAGUAUGAAGCCGAUGAAGUCUUCGAUAGCUCGCGCGUCUAGUGUCCGCAUAGCACCUAGUAAAGAUGUUAGGGUAGGCUCUACAGAGACUGUAGAUUAUCUUGCCUCGAAACGCCGGCCAAUCAGCGUGUCAUUUCCUACACCUGCACCACCACCAAAGGGUCGCGCACCCACAAUACCUACCUUCCAGCUCUCGAGUAACGACACAGUCGCCAAAUUGAAGGCCCAAAAGGAGGAGCGACAAAAGCGGGAGGCAGAGGGUGCGGUUCCUAAAGCACGACCUAUCAGCAUGCCUCCUCCACCAAAAUCCACAAAGCCUCUCACAAAACCUGCAUUCCAACUCCCUGGCGAAAAAACCGCUGAGAGGCUAAAGGCACAAAAGGAAGAGCGGUUGAAGAGAGAAGCCGAAGCACCAAAGCAGCCAGCACCAAAGCAGCGGCCUGUCAGCAUCAGCAUGGCUCCUCAUGCAAAGUCAACGAAAGCACCGACAAAGGCCACUUUCGAGCUCCCCGGUUCAGCAGUUGCUGAGAAGCUAAAGAUCAAGAGGGAAGAGCGCUUGAAGCGCAUGGAAGAAGCGGAGGCAGCGAAGAAAGAAGCCGCUCUCAAAGCACGACAGGCACCAGUCCGAAAGCCAGUGACCGUCCCUAUCAGACAGCAACCAGGCGUUAGCAUUGCGCCACCACAACAACAAACUCAACGUGCGUCUUCACUGGCAAGCAAGCACGUGAGCACAUCUCUCUCGCAACCAGGUGUUACCAUCGCGCCGCCACAACCACCGCAAGAAGCUCAACGUGCACCCUCGUUGGCCAGUAAACGCAGCAGCAUGUCUCUCUCGCAACCGCUGUCUCAAUCGCGCUCUACAUCCACAUCCUCAGCGAACCGCAACAGUGUGAUUGUCCCCAAGGCUAUUGUCACGCCCGUUGACGCCGCACAACAGAAGCUCAAGGGCAGAGAGGUCUUCAACCGCGACCGCAUGGAGAAGGAAGCACGAGAGCGCGAGAGGAAAGAAAAGGAGGAAGCUGCUAAGCGCGCGAGAGCGGAGGCAGCCGAGCGCGGAAGAAUCGCUAGUAGAGAAUGGGCGGAGAGACAGAGAAAGAAGAUGAUGGGUAUUUGA